AUGCUCUGGCUGCUCGCGCUCGCGCUGGCUUCUUCGCGGAUUGCUGGCACCUCGACGUGCGCUGUGGGUGACCUAGCAUGUGCCACGGACGGUCGCAACGUUCGCCUCUCCAACGGCGUGUGGAUGCCAUGGGUCGGCCAAGGGCUCGCAGGCAUGAAGGGCGACGCGACGACGAGCGCUGUGCAGCUCCAUGUCGCUGCGGGGUUUCGCGCGUUCGACGGCGCGCAGGCCAAGGAAUGGUACGAUGACGUGGCGGCUGGGAAUGCGCUAGCAGCGAUUGUGCAGUCGACGCCGUCGCUGUCACGACGCGACUUUUUCAUUGCGUCCAAGGUGCACCCCGCGUUCCUCGGUCGCGUCGAGGCGGCCGUGCGCGAGAUGUUUGUCUCGUGGCACCUCAGUUGGGAGGUUGAUGCGAUCGACUUGGUCUAUUUGCACUACCCCGCGUGCGGCGACUGGAUCCCUGACUGCCGCGGCCAGCCCACCGGCGACUGGCGACUCGCGUGGCGGGAACUCGAGCGGCUCUACGAAAAUGGCAAGAUCCGCGCGCUCGGUGCCUCCAACUUUGACGCAACGCAGCUCCAAGAUCUGUGGGCCAUGGCGACGACGCCUCCGCACGUGGUUCAAAUGUGGGUCGACCCGUUCCAUCAAGCCAACGAUGAGCGCGCCUUUGUUACGCGCCGCGGCGGCGUCGUCGUCGGCUACUCGUCCUUGGGCACGCAGUGGCCAACCAACCCAGUCUGGUCGUCGCCGGUACUCCAAGCGAUCGCUGCCAAGCACGCAGCCUCCGUCGCCUCCGUCGUGCUGAGCUACUUUCUGCAGUGUGGCGUGGCCAUGAUCCCACGCAGCACGUCGUUGGAACACGUGCAGAUGAACGCGCGCCUGCUCGAGCCGCACUAUGCUGCUUCGCUCCUCGAUGCGCAAGACCGCGAUGCGAUUGCGGCGCUCGAUGGGCAGUACGAGGCGCGGCAUCACGAUGAAACCUAA